UCUCCAAAGCGUCUUUCAGGACAAGGUUAUUGUUUCUCUGCAUCUUUGCCACCAAUGCUUGCUUCUGCUGCCAUAGAAGCUCUCAACAUUAUGGAGGACGACCCAGAUAUUUUCAGAGUAUUAAGACAAAAGUGUCAGCGAAUUCAUUGUGCAUUGCAGGGUAUCUCUGGCCUCAAAGUCGUGGGCGAAUCAUUUUCUCCAGCCAUUCACCUGGUGUUUGAAAGGAGCAGAGGAUCGCGAGAGAACGAUGUUAAGCUACUUCAGGAAAUUGUUGAUUACUGCAUGAAACAAGGGAUCGCAUUAACUCAAGCACGUUACUUAGAUAAAGAAGAAAGAGUUUUGCCUCCUCCAAGUGUGCGGGUAGUGACUACUAUCAAAUUAACAGAGGAAGAGUUAGACAAGGCCGCAGCGUUGAUCAAGGAAGCAUCUGAAUGCAUCCUUCACUAGGAUCUCCUGAUAUUUGUGAACCAGAAGUCACACAGGGAUGUCAUGCUAUAUUUGCAGAAUGUGUGGAAAUAGAUCACUAUCUACUGAAUAUAAGGAUGACCAACUACAGAAAAAUGAACUUGUCUUUUUAACGUUUGGUUAAAAUUAUGGAAACUGUACUAAUAAAGUUGAGUGCAUUUGUCUUGCAAAUGUGUGCAAAGAAUGUUGUUUCAAAAUGUGGUCGACUAAGGGCCAGAAACCUUUCACUCUUACAGUUUCUUAUCCAGGAUUUUCUCUAACAUUUAUUAUUACAAAAUGAUUUUUGAAACAUUCAUAACUGUGUGCCUAAAGGUAAUUUCAUAUUUAAAUAAGAAUGUGGUGUAAAGGUUUAACUUUGUACAAGAAGUUAAAAUGUAUUGCUUACUUAAAUGAAUGUUUGCUAAUUAUACUAUAAAACUAUUUUUCAUACCCAUCAAAUGGGAAUUUGACUCUCUUGGUUGCCACACAUUUAGAGGAACACUUACCUUUAUUGAUAUCGAUGUACGUGUGUUAUUUUCUCGGGUCUUGAUUCUGUUUGAAAUUAAGAUGGAAGUGGCUGAAGAAGGUUUGCUAAUCAACUUUAAUUUUAGGUUAAAAAGAAAUCACUUAACUGUAAUAAAUUCAUUUUAAAUGUGAGCAUGCUUCAUUUUGUUUGGAAUUAGAAAUUGUGCAUUGGGAGGGGUCAGACAACAUAGUGUUAAUGGCUAGCAAAAUCACCUAAUGCUACUUGUUCAAUCUUCCUAUUCAAUUUUCACAUUUAGCCCCAAAUGCUUGGUAGAUUUGUGCUAUAGAUCCUCAAUUUUUUGUAAAUAUGGUGGGAUCUAGAUGAGUUUAUACAUGAUCCUAUUCAACCUUUCAACAGGUCAAAUCCUUUAUGUAAUAGUAUGCAUUUCGGAGUAAAUUUAAUUAGGGUUCAGCUGCAUUACUUUUAAAAUGUGUAAUUAUUCAUCUGCUGAAAACCUUUACCUUCCAGAAAUUUGAACAAUAAAUACAGAUUUGCAUGUGAUAUGACUUGAGUCUAUCAUCAAUAUCUUUUUGUUUUGGCAAGUGUAGGAAAUACAAGUGACAUUUUUGCUCUACAAUUUAUAAAUAUAUUUGUUACUUUUCCAAGUAAAUUGGUUUCAUAUCCAUUUUUAACUUGGUUACAGGAUUUGUAGGACUAAAUGCAAGAACUGCCAGUUUUUUUAGAUGUUCAUUAAUGCAAAAUAUUUGAUGUAAAGCAAUUUUUAAAAUUACUCAAGAAAGGGAAAUGGUACUUUAAAAGUAUUCUGCGUUCUUUGUGAUUAGGGAGUUUAUUUCUGUCAUCUCUGUGCUGUUUACUGUUAAAUUUUAGUGCAUUACUUUAUCCAGGACUUAAAAACAUCAUCUUUCUUAGCAUUGAUUAUUUUUCAAAAGUAGGGGCUUGUCAGAUGCAUUUGUUAUGUACCUCUACUUUAUAACUGCAGUACACGUGUGCAUGCAAAAAUUGCACAACAUUUAGACAGAUAAGUAAUAUGUGACAUUGCAAGUACUGUUUUCAUUGGAGUUAAACUAUGGCCACCAUUCUAAUCUCUUAGUUGACUUUCCCAGCUGCAUAAUAAAACCAAAAAUCACAAGUACAAGUGUUUUAUAUAUUAUCAAAAUGCGUACCACAAUAAAAUUUUAUACUCCUCA